UGUCAUUUUUUACCCUGAAAAGGGUCAGGCCCCACAUGACCCUUUUCCGGGUCAAAUCUGACCCGGGACUUUUUAGAGUGACGGACAGCACAAUACUGCAUGAUUUGUUUAAAAGAAUGACACAAUGUUGUAAAAGUCUCGCGCUGAUGUACAUUCGACAUAGGAAAAGAGCAAAAGAACCAUAUCAUUGCAAGUCUUUUUCCCCCUCGUUUUCUAGAUUAGCAAGAAUGAAGGUUUACAUGUGCCUGCUUCUCCUGAUGGUCGUUGGAUGCACCUUGAUUUUCGCAGAGACGGACGACGUUUUAGAGUGCAAUGAGGCUGGACCCUUUGGGAUGGAAGAUGGACGUAUCCCAGAUGCAAGCAUCACAGCUUCGUCAUAUUCCACUUCUUAUCCACCGCGAGAAGGUCGGCUAAACUUUGACGACGGAAGCUGGAGGUCAGGUUGGUGUAAUGCAGAUAGACGUGAACUCCAACCUUGGAUCCAAGUGGACCUGGGUUGCGAUGGAAUCAUCACUAGCGUUAUCACGCAGGGGAUGAGGGGCUAUUCUUCGACGGUGAUAUCGUACAGAGUUGCCUACAGCGACGAUGGACGAGAAUGGACUGUGCUCACCAAUAAUGGAUCAGUUGUCUAUUUGCGUGGAUCCUAUAACAACGACACCGCAGUGACCAAUACUUUGCCGAGAGCGAUCCGGGCCAGGUUCCUGCGCAUCUACCCUCGGGGGUAUUACGUGGGCAUCUGUAUGCGCUUUGAGGUCGUCGGCUGUUGUCCCUAGUCAACUCCGUGCAUGCAAAAACCCUAGCUCUAAUGCUUAAUUGGAAAUAUGAUAAACUUAAACAUACCAGCACAAAAACCAAUGAACAAACAAAUGAAUUAAAUAUAAAAUGCAUGACGUUUGCGCUAAGAUUAACCACUUACAUUCUGAAUGAGGGCUACGGUGGACCAGUCUAAAAACUCUGAACCUACAUAAUGACAUAGCUACAGCUCUUUAGUGUCACCUUCCAAUGACCAUUCGAGCUCGGGUUUUCUGAUCUAUGCUGGAAAAAUAAAUCGGUUUGAUGAAAACUGAAAGUUAACAUUAAUUAACAUUUGCCUUUUUUUUAGAGUCAUAAAGAUUUUCAUUGACACAAAAUAUAAAAUUUAAUUACUAUAUAUUGACAUGGGCUAUACAGCAUCGUUGUUUGCAUGUAGUAAAUUAUAAAAGCAGAAUAUUGGGACAGAACACGAACUAUUCGCCAACCGUAUGUUCAAGCACCAUAGAAAAACAUGCGAGUCACCAACACGUUGCAUAUUGGGGAAUUUUGGUGGUUGAUUGGUCAAUUUAGUUAAGGCACUGCUGCAUGGCAAAGAAAAGCUACACAUUUAGUCUAAAAGCGGCUGUAUUCGGGGCAAGAUUUGACUUAAACUUGAUGAUAAAUUGCUGACUGAAUGAUUGUUUGAUUUCUUACUGAUUG